AUGGUAACUCUAAUUUCCUCUACAGCGGGGAAGUCCCAUACUCCUACAUCCGCAGCGCCGGCAGUAGCAGUAGCGACCCCGCUCCAGGACACAAUCGCUUCGAUUGAUAACGGCCUCAGCAUCCGGUACACAGAAUACUCUGACCUCUUUCAAGAACUAGAAAGGGCUUUGGGAAACAGGCGUAAUCUCCUCUUAACGAUUGAAAGCGGUAGAGGACGCAAGGGUAGAGCGAGAGAGAGAGAGAGAGAGAGAGAGAGAGAGAGAGAGAGAGAGAGAGAGAGAGAGAGAGAGACAUAG